AUGCGGCCCUGCAGCGUGAGAACCGCGGCGCGCCCGGGUCCCGAAGGCCCCGCUCCUCCAGCAGCCUGGAGCCGCCCGUGCCGGCGCACCCUGCUGCGCUCCCCCGACGGGCCGGCAGGCGGCACAGCUGACGGCCGCGGGGAGGGGCCGGAGCGGCCCGGGCAGAACCGUCCCCAUCACUGGCCGCCGCCCUGCCCACCUGCCGGGCACUGGGCGUGUGUGUGCACGCGUGUGCGUGUGCGUGUGCUGCCGGGACCUCGGGACCUGCGCUUUGCAGAGAACCGUGCGACGCACCCCGAGGGCGCUGGGACACAGUGGCCUGCUGCAGGGGGUGCGCGCGGCGGGGCCCGCGGCGGGCGGGGCGAGGAGCAGGGCGCGCGCGUGGGUGUGGCAGGGCCACGGUCGGGGUCGGCCCUGCGAGGGGGACCGCCCAGGAGCCCCCCGCCGAGCCCUCUCAGGGGCCUGGCCUGCGACGGACUCGGUCCCCGGUCGCCCCGGGGGGGGCCCACCGCCCUGCCCCGACUCCGGCCCCGGGGGCCCCGGUACACCGCGCCCGGCCGUCUGCGGGUCAGACUCCCAGGACGGCGCGGGCGGGACCUGCAGGGCGCGCGGGAGAGGAGCCCGACGGAGCCCCCCACCGCGCCCCGGGGCCCGGACGCCCUAGGGGCUUCUCCUCGGCCUCCCCCGGAAGGACGGGGCCCCCAGGCCUCGGGGAAGGCGGCCUCCGGCCGGGCCCAGACCCCCGGAGCGGCGGGGCGGCAGCCCAGGGACCCGGGCGCGUGGGGAAGGCUGGGCCGUGGUUCCCGCGCGCUGGCCCCGCCCCGACGCCCCGGUGAGUCCCCUUACGUCCCUCAGCGCAGGCGCGGGGGCCCCGCCCCGCCCGUAGCGGGGCCCCGCCCUCCCGGCCCGCCCCUUCCGCUUCGUUCCGCCAAUCACGAAGCUCGGUUCCGGACGGGCCCGCCCCCCCGGCCGCCUGAGAAAGCCCGGCCCCUGGGAGCCUGA